AUGCCAACAGACGGCACCCUCCUCCUUGAACAAUUGCCAAGAGAGAAGCAAGAUCUUGUCACCACACUCUCAGUCUUCUUCUCCAUAGGCUCCAUAUUGUUCGCUGUCAUAGCUCUCUUCGUGCUGCCCAACAAUUCGUGCCCGCUUGCGUCUUCAGUGGAAUUCCUAUUUCCGUCCACCUUGGCACCACCCUGCGACAUGGAAACUCAAAAUCUAGGUUGGAAAUAUGUGCUCAUCACCCAUGCACUCUUAGUGUGUAUUACCACAUGCAUCUUGUGA